UAACAUCUCGACGCCAUGGGAGCGAAGGGAGGGCAGAGGGGACGUUCGCUGCAGGACGGACCAGUUGCGCUUUAAUCCGUCAAGUGGCUUCAGUUCUGGACUCCGUCCGCUCCGGGAUGCUCCUCCUGCUCCACCUGGCCGUGCUCCUUCCUCUCGCGCUCUCGGCGGAGACGAACGAGACGCAGCGGGACAAGCUGAUGACGGAGGGAGGGGAGCAGUGUUCAGCCUGCGAGUUCAGGGAGCAGAGCAGGCUGAUGAGGCUGGAAAACAUCAAAUCCCAAAUCCUCAGCAUACUCCGCUUGGAGCAGGCUCCAAACAUCAGCCGCGACAUGAUCAGGCAGCUGCUGCCCAAGGCGCCUCCCCUGACGCAGCUGUUGGACCAGUACGACCCCCGGGUUGAGGACGAGGACCACGCCACGACCGAGACCAUCAUAACCAUGGCCACCAAGCCCGAUCCCGUCGCCCAGGAUGACUUGUCAUCAUGCUGUUUGUUCAACCUCAGUCCCAAAAUCCAGCCGAAGAACAUCAUCAGCGCUCAGCUGUGGGUUCACCUCCGGCCCGCCGACAUGGUCUCCACGGUCUUCCUGCAGAUUUCCCGUCUGAAGCCCAGCAAAGACGGGAACAACUCCCGCAUCAGGAUCCGCUCCCUCAAGAUCUACAUAGACGCCGGUGCCAGCUCCUGGCAGAGUGUAGAUAUCAAGUCUCUGCUCCAGGCUUGGCUCCGUCAGCCCGACACCAACUACGGGAUUGAGAUCAACGCCUUUGACUCAAGAGGAGAAGACCUGGCUGUGACGUCAGCCGAGCCCGGAUCGGAAGGCCUGCAACCGUUCAUCGAGGUAAAGAUCUUGGACAGUCCCAAGAGGUCCAGGAGAGACUCGGGCCUGAACUGUGACGAGGAGUCGGCAGAGAGGCGCUGCUGCCGGUACCCGCUCACCGUGGACUUUGAAGAGUUCGGCUGGGACUGGAUCAUCGCCCCCAAACGCUACCGGGCCAACUACUGCUCCGGGGAGUGUGAAUACAUGCACCUUCAGAAAUAUCCCCACACACACCUGGUGAACAAGGCCAACCCCCGGGGGACGGCGGGGCCCUGCUGCACCCCCACAAAGAUGUCCCCCAUCAACAUGCUUUACUUCAACCGCAAGGAGCAAAUCAUCUAUGGAAAAAUUCCCUCUAUGGUGGUGGACCACUGCGGCUGCUCCUGAGAGAGACACUGGAUGGAUAGACAGACAGACAGACAGACAGACAGACAGAGUAGAUAGAUCACAUGGAUAGGUAGAUAGAUGGAUGGGUAGAUAGAUGGAUGGGUAGGUAGAUGAGUGGGGCAGGCAGAAACACAGAGAUACGGUCAGUGGAUGGAUGAUAGACUGAUAGACAGGCAAAGUGAUUAGAUCACGUGGAUAUGUAGACAGGUGGAUAGCUAGGUAGGUGGGCAGAUAGGCCAAAGACAAAGACACACAGUAAAUGGAUGGGUGGGUGGAGUCACAGACAGA